UCGGAAACAUCGCGAUAGCUUAGAUAUGUGACAGUUCAGUGACACAAGACAAGUUUCAUCCCUGACGAUAAGCAAAUUCAUAAGUGAGUAAAGAUGCAGUGAAGUAGAGAAUGGCCUCAUAUUUUGAUGAGCAUAACUGUGAGCCCACGAAUCCAGAAGAACAGUACCGACAGAACGCCCUGCUGGAGCUCGCGAGGUCUCUGAUGCAGGGUCUUGACAUAGACUCGGGUUCAUUUGAUUUGUCGGAUUGGGACCAGCGUCUCCCCCCUCCUGCAGCCAAAGCUUUGGUUCAGAGUCUCCCCAUGGUCAUCAUCUCCCCUGAACAAGCAGAUAAAGCAGUGAAGUGUCCGGUGUGUUUAUUGGAGUUCGAGGAGCAGGAGACUGUGAGAGAGAUGCCUUGCAAACAUCUGUUCCACGCAGGAUGCAUCCUGCCAUGGCUUAGUAAGACCAAUUCGUGUCCCUUGUGCCGACUUGAACUAGCCACUGACAAUCCAGACUAUGAGGAGUUCAAAAAAGACAAGGACCGGAGAAGACAAAGAGAACACAGACUAGAGGAUCUACAUGGAGCCAUGUACACAUGACCUCACAACCUUCAAGAUUUCAAUAUGAAUUCAACUUUCAGUUUGUUGAAAGUGAGUUUACUGUGCAGGGACCAGGCUUAGAAAUUAUUGCAUUUCUGUGUACUUUGGAAAAAGAAAACCAUAACAAAACAUCAAAGUGUCAAUUCUCACUGGAUCACUUUUAAGACUGCUUUGUAUGUUUAUGCACUGAGAACUGUUUGUAUGGAACCUUAUACAGACGUUUCUGAUUUUAUUAAAUGUUUAGUGUGAAAUUGAA